AAUAGUUCUAGUCACGCAGUAGAAAUUAUGUGGUACAAAAUAUCUACUAGUGAACCCGCAGCGCAGAGACUGCUGUGGUCUACGAGUAAAAAUCUCGUAGAAAAAUACUCUAUGUAGGCUGUGGUGAACCGUAAACGUAGGUAGUUUUCCAAAGAUUUCCUCAGCAAGUAAUUUCAAACUAUCAAGAAAUCAAAAUUUCGUUUUCUAAAGUAUUGCCAGGAUUGAUUAUUUAAUAUGACUGACGAUUCUUGGAGGACUGCCACUUUCAGGCAGAGUGUUGUGUCGAAAAUUGACGAAGCAAUUCGCCAGUCACGUAUGCCUACAUCACGUAACAGCAUGGAAAUGGAAAAUCAUGUAUUUCAGAAGGCAAAGACAAAAGAAGAGUACUUGGGUUUUGUGGCAAGAUUGAUUCUACAUGUUAGAGAAAUGAAUACCAAAAAGGGAGGUGAAAUGAACGGUCCUGGAUCAGUACAAAGUGGUCCAGGCAUGCCGGAUCCUAUUAAUGCCUUGCAAACUUUAGCGAGCCAAGGCUCGCGCAAUAAUCAAAUGAUGGGAAUGGGAGGACCUCAGCAGCAAGUACAGAUGGGCGGUCCUCAGCAGAUGCCGCCGAUGUCGGCCACGAAUUUAUUACAAACUAUAAACAGAGGUCCCAACCAAGGAAUGGGAAAUAUGCAAACUAGACCCACAAUGGUAAUGGGCGGUAAUGGCCCCAUGGCAAAUCAGAUGGGUAAUCAACUCCCCGGACAAAUGGGCGGUCAAUUAGGUGGACAAAUUGGGGGGCAAAUGCCGGGACAAAUUUCUAUUUCGACUAUGGCGCAAAUAUCUGGACAAUUACCAAAUCAGUUGCAAAAUCAGCUCAACAGUCAAAUGCAGGGUCAAGUUAACAACCAAGUGCCAAAUCCUCUUCAAAAUCAAUUACAGAACCAACUCGGGCCCACAAUGCAAGGACCAAUGGGAGGUGCAAAUCCGAUGUCUAAUCAACUACAAAACCAAAUGCCCAAUCAACUUCCAAACCAAAUGCUUGGUCAACUUCAACAAAUACAACGCAAACCCGCAGAUAAUAUCAUAAUGAACGCGCCCAAUGCCGGUUUUCCACGUAAUUCCACUCCCACUCAAUUUCUCCGUCAAAGCCCAACACCUUCUGUUCAGUCACCCGCAAACUUAAGUGGUCCUCCGCCGAGCAAUCAAAUGGUUGCCUCUCCAGCAUUAGUACAUUCGCCGAGCUCACAAAUGAGUUUAAUGCCCGGUCCUCAACGAUCUGUAGGAAUGGCACCUAGUCCGAGCAGUUCUCUGAAUACUCCCGGCCAGCCUGGUCAGAGUCCAAUGGGAAUGCAGGAGGAGCAAGCAUAUCGCGAGAAAGUCCGUCAGCUCAGCAAGUACAUUGAGCCCCUUAGGAAAAUGAUUGCUAAAAUGGGCAAUGACGCACCUAGUCACAAGAAAUACGUUCCAGAUGUGGAGAAGUUAAGCAAAAUGAAGAAACUGUUAGAAAUACUAUCGAAUCCUUCCCAACGCAUGCCCUUAGAAACUCUUAUUAAGUGUGAAGUAGUCUUGGAGAAACUGGAUUUUAAACGAGGGGACGGAAGUGUUGCACCUCCUGCUCACUCGGUCACAUUCAAAGAACAUCACUGCUUUACUCCGCUGUUAGAAGCAGUUAGCAACAAUCUGCAGUCAUCCGUUAUCAACCACACUCUUCAUCGAACAUUUGGACCGACACUCGAAGCUCUCUUUGGUCCAGAAAUUCGACUAGUUCCAUCACUUAAAAGGAAGAGGGUGGAAGAACCCCCCAACGAAAUUCCUGACGUCUUGCAGGGAGAAAUAGCUCGUUUAGAUCAACGUUUUAAAGUUUCAUUAGAUCCCUGCCAACAACCAGGUUCGAAAUCAAUUCAGUUGAUAUGCGGUUUGGAAUGCAAGUAUCUUCCGUGUGUCCCUCCUGUCUCAUUAAUAAUACCUGAAGACUAUCCGAAAAGUUCUCCAAAAUGUUACAUGGCUCCACACGAGUAUAAUGCCACUCAGUUUCUCUCAGCCGUGCAAACCGCACUGUUGGCGAGAAUAAAGAAACUUCCAAAGCAUUUUUCAUUAUCACAGCUACUUGAUACAUGGGAGAUGAGUGUGAGGCAAGCGUCUGCGCCAUCUCACGUACCAAUAUCAACAACUACUCUUUUAAUGGGUCUGUAGGUUAUGGAAUUUAUCGAAUUUAAAAUUAAAAUAAUAAAAUAUAAACUGUAAGUGUGCGUUUACAAUGAACGUAUACGUAAGCAUUUCAUUAAACGUAAAAAUUUUGCAAAGUUGAACUGUAUAGAAACAUACGAAGGUG